UCAAUAGAAAUGUGAGCCUUUUUUUCUGGUUUAUUUUCUCCUUCUUUCGGUCGGAUUUGCAGUCUGGAUUUGCGAUUUUUCUCUACUGCUGUGCUAAACGCAGGACGUCAGCCAGCAUCGGUUGGCUGUGAAAAGCCCGAACUGAUUUCUUUCCCCCCGCUUCCCAUGAUUUUGGCUUAAUAAUGGCCAAAAGGAGCUCUUUGUUCAUUCGAAUAGUGGAAGGCAAAAAUCUACCAGCCAAAGACAUUACAGGCAGCAGCGACCCUUACUGCAUUGUGAAAAUUGACAAUGAAGCCAUUAUCAGGACAGCCACUGUGUGGAAAACUUUGUUUCCUUUCUGGGGCGAAGAAUACGAAGUCCACCUCCCCCCCACCUUCCACUGCGUGUCGUUCUAUGUCAUGGACGAAGAUGCACUCAGCCGAGACGACGUCAUCGGGAAGGUCUGCAUCACCCAAAGCCUGUUGGCUGAGCACCCAAAAGGCUACAAUGGCUGGCUGAACCUCACUGAAAUUGACCCAGAUGAGGAAGUUCAGGGGGAAAUCCAUCUCCAGAUUGAGAUCGUUGACAGCGGUGCCGUGAGAAAGCUGCGCUGCACUGUGUUCGAUGCCAGAGAUUUGGCUCGGAAAGACAGAAACGGAGCGUCUGAUCCGUUCGUCAGAGUCCGCUAUAAUGGCAAGACGCAGGAAACUUUGGUGAUCAAAAAAUCUUGCUACCCAAGGUGGAACGAGACCUUUGAGUUCGACCUGGACGAGUCGGCCGUGGAGAAGCUCUGCGUCAUCGAAGUAUGGGAUUGGGAUCUCGUCAGCAGGAAUGAUUUUCUGGGGAAGGUAGUAUUCAAUGUCCAAGGGCUGGAUGCAGUCCAACAAGAGGAAGGGUGGUUUAUGCUCCGACCGGACAAAUCAAAGCCAAGGCGGGACGAGGGCAACCUGGGCUCCCUACACCUCCAGCUGCAGCUUCGGGACGAGACGGUGCUUCCGUCCAUCCACUACCAGCCUCUUGUCCAGCUUCUGUGCCAGGAAGUUAAAGCAGGUGCCCAGGACGGGAAAGUCCAUUUAAUAACCCUGAUUGACGACACAACGACCGCUGAGUGCAGGCAGGAAGUUGCCAUUAACCUUGUCAAGCUCUUCGUGGGCCAAGGGUUGGCCAAAGAGUUCUUGGACCUCCUCUUCAAGCUGGAACUGGAUAAAACCGAUGAGCCAAACACUCUGUUUCGGAGCAACUCUCUAGCCUCUAAGUCAGUGGAGUCAUUUCUGAAGGUGGCAGGGAUGCAGUACCUCCACAGAGUCCUUGGGCCGACAAUCAACCGAGUGUUUGAAGAGAAGAGAUGCGUUGAGCUGGAUCCCAGCAAAGUGGAGAGCAAGGAUAUUGGCUGCUCCAGCCUCCAUCGGAUCCAGAGCGAAAGCGACGUCAUCCAGCAGAGUGCUCAGCACCUUCGGUCCUAUCUCGGCGACCUGCUUGGCACCAUCGCCAAGUCCGCCAAGGCGUGUCCCGCCGUCAUCCGUGCCACUUUCCAGCUGCUCUUCAAGAGGGUUGGGGAACAGUUCCCCGAAGAGAAGGAUCAGAAUGUGAAGUUCAUCGCCAUCACCAGUUUCCUCUGCCUUCGCUUCUUCUCUCCGGCCAUCAUGUCCCCCAAAUUGUUCCACCUGCAGGAGAAGCACGCAGACGCCCGCACCAGCCGCACCCUCCUGCUCCUGGCCAAGGCUGUUCAGAAUGUGGGGAACAUGGACGCCGGUAUCAGCCGUACCAAGGAACCCUGGAUGGCUCCACUGCAGCCCACCAUCCAACAGGGCGUCGCACAGAUGAAGCGGUUCCUCCUCCAGUUGAUUGACAUUGAGGAGAAAGAAGAAUUAGGCCCGCAGAGGUCCCCCUCCCUGCAGACCCAGGUUGUGAAAGAAGGGCCUCUGUUUAUCUAUAAGGCCAGAAGCAAAGGCCCUCUCCUCUCGUCCUCCUUUAAGAAGCUCUACUUCUCCCUAACCAGCGAAGCCCUCACCUGUGCCAAGACACCAAGCUGCAAGAAAAGCUCCUUCAUCACACCAGCCAGCAUCCGGGCAGCCGAAAAGGUGGAGGAGAAGAGCUUUGGCAACUCUCACGUCAUGCAGAUCAUCUACGCCAACGAGGCUGGCCAGACAGACACCGCUUACCUGCAGUGCAAGUGUGUGAACGAACUCAACCAGUGGCUGUCGGCCUUGCGGAAGGUUUGUGUGAACAACGCAGGGAUGCUGUGCUCCUACCACCCCGGCGUAUUCCGAGGAGACAAAUGGAGCUGCUGCCACCAAAAGGACAAAGGCGGACUGGGCUGUGACAAAACCCGGCAUGGAGUUACUCUGCGGGAAUGGAAUGACCCUUUGGAUCCCGACUUAGAGGCUCAGUUGAUUUUCCGACACUUGCUUGGGGUGCGAGAAGCAAUGAGGGAAAAAUAUUUGGAACUGUCAACUCUGGAGAAAAAUGAAAAUCUUCAUUUGACCCAGAAUGAAGACCCUGAAAAUGCCGAGGGACCUAGCCGGCUUUUCCAGGUGUUGCAAGAUCUUGAAGAAAUUCACAGUAAGGAGCUUUCCCGGUUGAGCGACUUGGCUAACCAGGACCGAAAUCAUCUUGUGGAGCUGCAGACGUGACUGUUCGCACAGGCUAGGCCCACUUCUGCCUCCUUCGGGCAGUUCUGCUGCCAAACAUCUGGAAUAGAGGGUGUUUCUCCUCUUUCUGUCUCUCUUUCUCUCUCUCUCUCUGGACUUGUGAUCACCUGAUGGGAUGGAAAUGGGAUAGAGUGGGGCCCUGAUUCUCAUAACCUGCAUCACCUUUCCUUUUGGGAACGACUCUCCCUGCCAAGUCCUCUGAACUCUGAAGACAAAACUGAGAUCAAUUUAGGAGACGCGACACAAAAGCAUUAAUCUUCAACAGUCUAAUAAAACAGCAACUAUAGGGUUGCCGUAUUUCAAAAAUUCUGGAGUUUUUAAAAAAAGGAAAACCAGCAAGGUUUUUUCCCCCCUGCCCUAAACAACUACUGUAAAAAAAGUUCAGCCCCUAGCCUUAAUGGAACAUCAAAGCUGGUUGUUUUAUCGCCUGUGAUUGUCAUCCAGAACUCAGCGUUCUUGAGAACUGCAGAUUUAACUGUUUGAAAAGAAUAAGAAAAAGUAGGUUUCUAGACCUCAUGACAGGUGCUUUUGAAAAUACAUAGAGUGGUCUACUGUGUUCGAGGGUGAAGAAGUGAGUGACCAGGAGCGAGGCCUUGGGGUUGCAGUGGGUAGCUCAGUCAAGAUGUUAGCCUUGUAUGUGGCGGGGGGAAAAGGUAAAUUCCAUGCUAGGAAAGAAACUGAAAAUAAAACUGCCAGUUAUCCUAUUGCUGUUAUACAAAUCUAUGGUGCAGCCACAUUUUGAGUGCUGUGUCGCCUCACCCAAAAAGGAUAUUGUAGGGUCCGAAAACAUUCAGGAAACAGAAAGCAAAAUGAUCAAGGGGAUUCCCUUUUUCGUUUCAAGAAAAGGCAAGCAAGAAGGGUCGCUUGAUGGAAGCCUAUAAAAUUCUGCAUGUCAUGCAGAAAGUGUUAGUUACAGGUAGGUAGCCGUGUUGGUCUGAGUCGAAGCAAAAUAAAAAAAUUCCUUCAGUAGCACCUUAAAGACCAACUAAGUUUAUAUUUUG